AAGCGUGGGAGUCAAGGGGCGGGGAACUAGCUAUUUGGUUCCUCGCCGAGCACGGCCAUUGGUGCUCAUCGCGCAAAGAAAUUUGUGGGCAGUCCCCGACUGGGGCGGAGGUGAUGGUCUGCAAAAAUGCAUCUUCAUUUUCGAUUCAGCAAGAGGAACAAGCCGCGCCCGACCUCCUAGUUCAUAUCUGUUUCUAGGCAAUCACUUCCCCUCUGAGCGAUAACCAUCGGCCAUGGAUUUCUGUGGUCUUCUCACUUGCACUAACAAGCCAGUGCCCUUGCGAAGCAUCUCUGUGGAUGCCGUCAUCCGGAGCUUUGUGGCUGAUGUGGUGUCUGAGCUCCGGUAUCAGAAUGAGGAGGAGAACCCCGUUGAGGUCAGAUUUGUCUUCCCACUGGAUGCUGUAGCAGCCGUAUAUGCCUUUGAGGGCCUGAUUGGUGGGACACGGAUUGAGGCCCAGAUCCGAGAGAAGAAGCAGGCACAGCAGGAGUAUGAGGAUGCCCUGACUGAAGGCCGCCAGGCUUUCCUGCUGGAAAGAGAAAGAAGCAGCAGUGACAUUUUCGUUUGCACCCUGGGUAACCUUCCUCCUGAUGGGGAGGCCGUGUUGAAGCUGUCAUAUGUUCAAGCAUUGGAUCCAGAACCUGAUGGCGCCAUCCGCUUUGUCCUGCCUGCAGUCCUGAACCCUCGCUAUGUUCCUCAAGACUCAGCAACAGACACCAUCACUAAAAGCAUACCACGAGUGCCCAGGGGACAGCUUCCCUACACACUCAGCCUGUGCGCCAAGCUCCAGUCUCCCUAUGGCAUUGACCAUGUAGAGUCAAAAUGCAGCCUUGAGCCAAUGCGCUACACGGCAGAGGAUCACACCGCAGCCGAGGUUGCCUUAGCUGGAGGGUACCAGUUUGACCAAGAUGUGGAGCUGCUGAUUUAUUAUAAAGAUGUUCACAAGGCCAGUGCUCUCCUAGAGUCUGGGAAGCCUGGAGCACCUGCAGGCUCACUGAUGGGGGACCCAGCCCUUCUGCUCAGCUUGUACCCCAGUGUCCCUCCUCCGAAACCUGAUCAGAAUGCUACUGGGGAAUUCAUUUUCUUGCUGGAUCGUUCUGGUAGCAUGGAUUGCAGAACGGACCAUACUUCUGACUCAUCAUCACGCAUUCAGAGUGCCAAGGAGACCUUGAUCCUCCUGCUGAAGAGUCUCCCUCUGGGAUGUCAUUUCAACAUCUUUGGCUUUGGAUCUAGUUAUGAUUCAUUCUACCCGAAGAGUGUUGAAUACACGCAGGACACCAUGUCUGUGUCGCUUAAGUGGGUGAAGAAUCUGAAGGCUGAUUUGGGGGGGACAGAGAUCUUGCAGCCGCUGAAGGCCAUUUACAGGCAGCCUUACCUGGAAGGACAUCCUCGGCAGCUGUUUGUGUUUACUGAUGGAGAGGUGCAUAACACAGAUGAGGUCAUUGCUGAAGUUAGCCGUCACAGGGGUUCCCACAGGUGCUUCUCCUUCGGUAUUGGUGAGGGAGCUUCCACGGCACUCAUCAAAGGGAUCGCUCAAGCAGCCAGCGGCAGCGCUGAGUUCAUCACGGGCAAGGAGCGCAUCCAGGCCAAGGCACUGCAGUCCUUGAAGAAAGCCCUGCAGCCAGCAGUGACAGGAAUUUCCCUGAAAUGGAACUUGCCUCCUGGUCUCGAGGCCAAGCUUGUGGGAUCAGGCCACCAAGUCAUCUUCCCAGGGCAUCACUGCCUUCUCUAUGCCCAGAUCCAUGGUCAACAUCAGCCUUCAGGCCCUGCCGAGGGACAUGUUCUUCUGCAGUACACCUUCCAAGACCAGACCUUCACAGAGACAAUGACAUUCCCUCUGCAGGCUCAGGAAACUGACAGGAUGCCUGUUCACCGGCUGGCAGCUAAGUUCUUCUUACAGGAAUUGGAGCAGGCUGGGGAGAAGGAAGAGGAGAAGCAGCACCUGGCACUGGAAACCAGCCUGAGCUCUGGGGUGGUGUGUUCACAGACAGCCUAUGUGGGGGUGAACACAGAACUGGGCAAGACAUUUCACACCCCACUUAUCCACCGAGAUGUCCCUCUUAUGUCUGGCUUCUGGAGCACUUACUCUGCAAGUUGUCUGUCUGCUCCCUCGCCUUUAUUGUGCUUGGGUGCACCAUCACAGGGGGCUCUGUCCUGUGAAGAGGAAGACUACUGUGAAGAGGAAAACUACUAUGGAGAUUCAUCCAUGAUACAUUAUGUGGAUGCGUUCCAGGCAAGCGGAUCUCUUUCCUCAAGCGCGAACACCUUGGAUGAUGAGGAGGCUAUCUAUGUGGAAAAGGAAUCUCCUUCCCUGAGCCUGAUCUCCCUGCAGAACGCCGAUGGCUCCUGGGCCCUUGAUGCUGUCCUAGCCAAAGCUCUCAGCCUGAGCGAGGCUGACAUCUUGAGCCGAACGCCGCCUCAGGUGACCCCAAACACAUGGGCGACAGUGCUGGCCAUCCUGUGGCUCCACUCCCAUGCUAAAGAACAAAGGUACGAGUGGGAGCUACUGGAAGCAAAAGCUCUUGGCUGGCUCCGUGCAAAUGCAGGGACUCAGGUGGCUGAGUGCGUCAAAGCUGGCAAUCUCCUGCUGGGAACCAGUGUGAGCCCCGAGACCUUUGGGCUCUGAGCAACAUUUUGUAACCUGAACUAGAAGUUCUGCUUCUUUCUCAUGUGCCCUUGAUUUGCCUGCUGGACCUACUUGCCCUUCUGGAAUUAUGUCAGUGCCUUCUCCUGCUUGAAUGGUGGUUGUCUCUCACCGUGCCUUAGUGGAAGGGUGGGUUGAAGGUAGAUUGUGGCCCACUGGUCAGCUUUGACUUUUUGUGAUGAGCCAACUGACGUACGGUAUGGGUUGUUAUUUUUGCAAAGACUGCUUGACUCUAUAUGCUGCGGGUGAGCCUAGCAAACUGCUUAAAUUCAUAAGCAAGAAAGUGACUUCAGACUCCUUCCUCACGGAAUAAUUAUGAUUUAACGACUAUAAGGGGAAGAUUUUGCAUGCUUGGUUUUAACAUCUCUUGUAUGUAUCUGUAACUUUGGGGAAUCUAGCAGAGCUAAAACAGUGUAUGCAAGAGCCAAAUCCCUGCUCCAGUUGCCUUCCUCACUGAUGACAUAACCAUAUUUCUUUAUUAAAAUGGUUGCUGCUUCCAACAGCCCUUGUCUGCUGCAUCUCAGGAGGUCUCCACUUCUUUUUCCAGUACUUUGUGCAGAAUCCUGUUUUGUGAAAAGCAGAAAGAAAAAUUAUGUCUUCACUACUUUUCUGGGUGUUGAGGAGUCAUAGCAACAGGCUGUCAGACAAAACCAGAAGAGAUUUGUUUGCUGCUGUCUAGAGGCUGGCCCAGAAUAAAAUAAAGCACAUUUUUCUCCCAUUUUGGUUAUUUUGCUGAUAGAGUGAGUGAGUGAUUUCUCACCUAGUUAUUUAUUCUUACAAGAUGCCUUAUGACUAGCAUAGGUAUUAUCAUGCAGCCUUGAUUAGAGUAAAUAUCACACACACACACACACACACACACAGCACCACAAUCCCAAAAUCCAAUCCCAAAUCCUGCUCCUAUCGCAGUAAGAGACAUUUGAGAAUUGAGGUGGGAUGAUGGAUGCUCCAGCUCAGGAUCUCUUGCUUUGGGUUGCGGGUUAACUAGAAGGCCAAUGGAGCCCUCAGCAGUAUAGUGGUAAAUUUUUAAGAUGCUGAUCAUGACUAACCUCAUAGCCACACAUCCAAGGAGAAUCCGAAACUGCAGUUUUGAUCAGUAUCUUCAAACUAGUUCUAGGGGUUUACAUCUGCUAGGAUAAGAUCAUUUUUGAAUCUAAGGAGUUUUAAUUGCCCAUUCCAUUCCAAGCCUCCCCAAAAUGCUUUAUACCAAGGAAUAAAAUACUGCUAAUGCAAUGGUUGGAGUGUCAAUCUAGGACAUUGGAAAACAUGAUUCUAGUUCCCAUUUGGCCAUGAAGCUCACUGAGUAACUUUGGACCAAUCACUGACUCUAUGAAUAACCUACCUCACAGGGUUGUUGGGAGAAUAGGAUGGAGAAAAGAGCAUUGUAGCCAGGCUCAGUGGGAACAGAGAAUUCUGAGGAAUAAAAAAUUGCUGGCAUUCAUCCCUGUGAGGCUCGUCUCUACUGCACCACAGAGGGCUCCUCCAAUUCUGAUUCUGUAUAGAGGAAAAAGCCUGAGAGAUGGGUGGUGUGAUGUGUGGUGUGCUGUGGGACACUUCAGUCUUGGCAUAUAGUGGAAAUUAACCUUUACAGUACUAAAGUGCAUUCCUGUAGCAUGCUCCAGUUCCUCGGUUAAAUUAAACUGCACUAAAAUGUGCAUCUGUCAA